CCGGAAAUAUACUCAUUCCACUUCCCUUAGCUAGUCUUAGCAUAAGUAGCUAGUAGCUACAACGUAAGGGUGAUUGUAAAGCUUCGAGUUUUGUUUUAGCUUACUUUCCUCGUCCUAAUAAACCCAAAGGUCCAGAUUCAGCACAGAUAUGUCGCACACAAUCCUUUUGGUACAGCCCACCAAGAGACCCGAAGGCCGGACAUACGCAGACUAUGAGUCUGUGAAUGAAUGCAUGGAAGGUGUGUGCAAAAUGUAUGAAGAGCAUCUGAAGAGGAUGAAUCCAAACAGCCCAUCUAUCACAUAUGAUAUUAGUCAGUUGUUUGACUUUAUUGACGACUUGGCAGAUCUCAGCUGUCUUGUUUACAGAGCUGAUACCCAGACGUACCAGCCAUACAACAAAGACUGGAUCAAGGAGAAGAUUUAUGUCCUGCUGAGACGCCAAGCUCAGCAAGCAGGAAAGUAGAGAGAUGUGAUACUGAUAUUGUCCUUCUACACACAUCUGAAAGGAGUGUAUUGUACAAAACAUUUACAUUGCAAAGACUUUCUGGAGAUCUGUGUAAUAGGACAACUGUGUACUGUAAUGGGGGGAUGCCCAUGUUUUAUUUGUGGAAGGCUUAGGUUGUACAGCACACGUUUGUUACCGGAUACAUUUUGAAACUAGACACCUUUAGCAGAAUGAAAACAUUUAAACUUGCUGUUUCACAGUCAUUUGACCUCCCAUUUCUUUAGAAGCAAAUUCAUGUUUGGUUGUAUUUAAUUUUUACUUUCACAAUUGGAUUUCAUUCAUUUAAAUGCAGAUGGAAUACAUCUUCAUCCAUUUACUCUACCGCUUGACCUCAUCAGGGUCACCGAUGAGUCUGAGCCUAUUUGUUUUGAUGUUACUCUGACUUCUAGUGGUUACUUAAACCUUGCUUAAUGCUGUUUUUGUAAACCAUUUGUUUUUACGUUUGUAUGUUAUUUCAGGGAAAUGGCGACAGCGGUUUGUUUUCUAAUAAAGUUUUGGUAUCAAGACUGCUA